CCCCACCGCCGGCUCCACAGAACCCUUUGCCUCCUUCCCCAGGUCCCGCCCCUGUGGGCGGGGCGAGGCAGUCACGCAGCCAAGUCCACCAGGAAGACAGCCAGGGUGAGCCAGGCCACCCCUCAAGCAUCCUAAGAUCGGCACCUGUUGAUGUUAUUUCUGUAGCAUGGCUGACACAGAGGCGCUGCCCAGGCUUCGGGAGGACUUCAGGAAGCAGAAUAAAUCCGUCUUUAUUUUGGGCGCCAGCGGGGAAACCGGCAGAAUGCUCUUAAAACAAAUGCUGGAACAGAGCCUGUUUUCCAAAGUCACAGUCAUUGGCCGGAGGAAGCUGACCUUUGAUGAGGAAGCUUAUAAAAAUGUGAAUCAAGAAGUUGUGGACUUUGAAAAGCUGGAUGACUACGCUUCUGCCUUCCAAGGUCAUGAUGUUGGAUUCUGUUGCCUGGGUACCACCAGGGUAAAAGCUGGGGCGGAUGGAUUUGUUCGUGUUGAUCGAGAUUAUGUCCUGAAAUCUGCAGAGCUGGCAAAAGCUGGAGGGUGCAAACAUUUCAACUUGCUGUCCUCUAAAGGAGCUGAUAAGUCGAGCAGUUUUUUAUACUUUCAAGUUAAGGGAGAAGUGGAAGAUAAGGUGGAAGAUUUAAACUUUGAUCGUUACUCCAUAUUUAGACCUGGAGUUCUAUUAUGUGAUAGGCAAGAAUCUCGCCCAGGUGAAUGGUUCGUUAGGAAAUUCUUUGGCUCCUUACCAGAAUCUUGGGCCAGUGGGCAUUCCGUACCAGUGGUGACUGUGGUUAGAGCAAUGUUGAACAACGCAGUGAGACCAAGUGACAAGAAGAAGGAACUGCUGGAUAACAAGGCCAUCCACCACCUGGGGAAAGCCGAUGGCUCUCUUAGGCCCUGAUCACACCUGAGAAAUGCUUUUCUGUAAAACUCCGCCCCCACCACCUACUUGCUGAUUUAAAGAUCCAAUAAAAAGCACACUUUAACUGUGGUUUCAGUUUUCAGCCGACCAGGCCCAGUCAGAAAACAACUGUGCUCUGUCUGCACCAGCAGUUUAGAGCCUGAACAACAUGAG